AGUCGCGUUUCAACGCUCGAAGCUUUUGGUCGUGCUCGCUGCCUAGGAACAAAUUUAAGCAGAACGAAAAAAAAAAAUAAAUUAGGACUCAAAGUGGGAUCCCUAACGGUACUAAAAAUGUGCUUGGAGUAAAGAAAGGGGCCGCGUAUCUAUGUGCGCGCGUGUGUGUAUGUGUGCGUCUAUCUCUCUGCCUGUUCCGUUUGCCUAGCUAAAAAUAAAAUUAUAUAAUUUUUAAUAAAAAAAAAGAAUAACAGAAAGGAAAGCACCCAGCGAAUGCAAAUCGUAUGCGGAGCGAGCGGAAGAAACCGUACUGAAUUUUAUCUUUGGACUUCAGUUUACAAGCCGCGCUAUCGCAGCGUUUAAAUUCGAUUUAAAAAACAAUAUAUCUCGACCACACACUACACAAUUCAACUACAAAUAAGAUUUAGUAAUUUCCUCGGAGCGACGACAACUUCGAAACUUGUAAACCUUGCGGCUUGCAAUUGCAAACUGUGCAGCAAGGCGCCUAAAGUCCUCAGAUUAAAGUGCAAUCUAAUUGAUUGGCCAAGGACCAAUCAGGGCGUGGAGCAGAGGUGCAACUAGGAGCUGGCACUGAAUUGUAGGCGGCUGGUGGACUGAUCUGCGGAUGCAUUUCGCUUGGACGGGGGCCCGACAAAGACAAUACGGAGGGUCUACGGAGUGCUUUGGCCCGUUUACGCAACAGAACGGGCCCCUCUCUUCCACAACAACCCACCCCGCCGGCCUCUCCCCUGCCCCUUGCCAGCACCCACAGCAACGCCCACGGCCACGCCCACGCCCACAUCGCGGAGAGAGGCGCCGGUGGCAGGUGCAGCAGCUAUUGCCAAGAAUCUUCGCCUAACUCCGCGCUCGCUGCCCUAAAGUCAAGUGAAGCGGGCCAAAGAGCCGCUGCAUCAACAGGAUCUUCGGUAAAAGGAUCUGCAGCAGACGGUAGCCACAUCAAUGGCCUCGCCCAUCAUAGUCAGCCGUGGCAUAUAGUUCCGCCCCAGCAUUAUCCACUAAUCUCUAUCAACAGCCACUGCCAACGGGCCGCUCCUCCGGCUCCAACUCCAGGUUAAGUCUGUUGGAGAGCUUGGUCUGCAUGACUGCCGAUCCCAUAUCGUUGUGCUUUUGGAUUUGUUUGCAGCCCGACCGCUAUGUCCCCGGCUCCCCCAUCUUCCGCGAGACCAGCAGCCCAACGCCCCACCCCGCCCUCGCGGGGCCUAUAACAUCGCCGCCCACUUCAGCCUCCUCCUCCUCCUCCACCAGCACCGCCGCCGAUAGCACCGCCAGCAGCACCAUUAACGCACCAGGAGCAGGACCAGGAGGAACUGCAACUACCAGGAGCCGAGGAGCCAGAGCCAUGACGGCAUCUCUUGCUCAUGCCGCACAGGGUAACCACAACAACAAUAGCAGCACCAGAAGCACAUCCAACUCCAGCUCCAACACCGUAAAGUCCAAGCCACCGGCUGGCUAUAUGAGCACCCGAUCGGCGGCGAUGAUGGCCUUGGCAUUGGGACAAACAUCGGGUGGAAGGAGCGACAAGUCACCGCAAGCUCCUCGAGCCGCAUCACCCGCCCAGUCGCAAUCCCAGUCCCAGUCCCAGUCCCAAUCGCAGUCACCCCAUCCCGGUGCUACCAGAAGGCUAUCGAAUGCCUCAUCCCUACCCAGCAAUGUGUCCAGAUCCAAGCCAUCAACUCCGACGGCGACCAGGGCGGCAGCACAGCUAAACGGUUCCGGUCUCUUCUCCGGCGGCAGCAAUUCCAGCGGCUCCGACAACGAUGGAUUCAGUGCGUCCGGCUCCUCGGCUGCCACUGCUCUGCGUCGUUUAUAUUUCAAGAGCGGACGCAGCAUUAAGAACAAGAUCAAUGCCUCGACCACGUCGUCGACUCCUCUGAAUGGACUACCCUUAAAUCCGGUGUCCAGUGCCUAUCACAACUCCGUUGGUGGACCGAUGCACAAUAUGACGACUGCAGGUGGAGUGCCAAAGCUGGUGGUGAUGGGCACCUCAUCAGCCUCGAUUCCGGACACCACCAUUAACACGUCCACUGACUCGGCCUGCACGCUCAUCACGAAUGUGACCCACACGGAUACCUCGGAGACGUGCGACUCCCUGGACAUGGGUGACAACUCGUGUCCCAGUGAGCCGCUCUUCAGUUCGCUGGAGGAACCACUGCUCACCGCCGUCCACAUCGAUUCGGAGCACGAGGGAUUCGGCGGCAUGGGUGGCGGUAGAGGAGGCGCCAAUGGACGCGGCGCCACUGAACUGGAACUAACGAGCUGUUCGAGGUAUCCGCCCAGGCCCGACAUGAAUCUCCAGGACAGCGUCGAGAGCCAGGAGUCCUGCUUGUCCAUCCUGACCGGCGAGCCGUCUUCCACAACGCCACUUCUCUCCUCGCAGCGACGCCACCCGACGGGCGGUCACUCGCCGGGUAGCCAGCGACAGGAGGAGCGCCGGGAACGCAAGGAACGGGAGCCCAGUACGGCUCCGCCGCCCACUCGAAUCCGGGAGCACUUCACCUUCGAUCCCCCGCAGUCACCGAAGUCGGCGCGCAGCAGCGAAAAGUCCACCAGUCACUUUUCCUUCAAGAACUAUGGUAAUGAGUCGGCAAAAGAUGCCGGAGUUGGCUCGGGAAAGGGAACUGGAUCUGGAGCAGGAGUGGGAGGAGGAGGAGGAUCUGGAUCCGGGGUUGGAGGAAAUGGAGUUAUGGCCGCAAGUGAAGGCGAUGAAGAGGAUGACGAGCGCAGCGGCGACAGCAUUGGUAAUCGCAGCAAAAAGCUAAGACCGAGGGAGCGUGACCCCAACCACAUCUCGCCCAGCGUGUCGCCCUCGCACAGUCGUCGGGCCAGUCCGAAGCGAGAGAAGCGGAGGACCACGCCCAUUGCCUCCACGGGGGCCAUAUCCAAGGUCAGCUCGGCACCGCCCACCAUGAAGGAUGCGAAUUUUUUCGGAAGUUCCGGGAAACAAAAACAGCGACAAUCGCAGAACAUACCGCCGCACCAACUAUCGCCAUCGUCGCAGCAGCGAAAGUACUCCUCCAGUUCCUCGAGCGGCAGCAGCGAACGAUGCUUACGGGAAGCCACCGGUCCUGGAACUAUGUUCCCCUUCGAUCGUGAGGCGCUGGACUACGAGCGCAUCCAGCGGGAGUGCUUUGCUCCGAGCUCCACAACGGCCAGCAACAGCAGUGAUUCGGAGGCGGAAAACUGUUCCGUGUAUGAGCGAAAGUCCGGAGCGGACAUCUUUCAGCAAUACUCGCGAUUGAGCCACCAGGAGCAACUGCAGCAGCAUUACCAGGAGCCGCGCGACUGGGAGCGGGAUCGGCCGCCAUCGCGCAAGAACUCCAAGCGCAUCAGGCCGGAUUCGGUAAUCCACACAACCAUCCGUGAGAACCAGCAGUACGUGCCACAGUCGGAUGCCUUCUAUCCCCAGGCCAAGUCCUCCUCCUCGCCCAGCGAUCACUCCUACGCCGAGCUAAACAAGUUCGAGGACAUUGCUAGCAAAUUUGAGCAGAUCCCGCCCAAGCAUGGCUCCGUAUCCGGAUCUGGAUCCGGUUCCCUGUUGAAUCUUCAUCACAAGAUGCCCAGUCCGGGCAGCGAGUCCGCCGUCAGUCCCACGGACUCCGCUCGCCGGAGAUCCUUCAAGAACAAGCAGCGCCAUCAAAAGGAGGAGCACUUCUAUAUCCAGACGGAGGAUCGUAGCGGAACAGCAGCUGGCAAUGGACCCAUCAACGUGACCGCGAAUCCGCUGGAGGCAGCCGCCGUCUGCAAGCAGCCGCGUGCCACCAUCGUUGUUCAGCAGCCCUCGUUAAGUCUGGACAAUACAGUCGAGACGCUGCUAAUCAAGAAUGAGGGGGACUUCAUCAGCGUGGAGCAGGGCAAGGAGCUGGUGGCUCGCAAGCGCAACUCCCAGCAGCUGGCACAUCCGCCGGCCCACUUGCAUCACCACACCCAGAACCACGCCCACAAUCAUCACACUCUCCAGCAGCAGCAGCAUCAGCAGCAGCAGCAACAACAACACAAGCGGGACGAGAAUAUGAGGCAGCUCCUGGAUGUGACCAACACGCUCACCAUUGAGGAGCUGCGCGAUUUUCAGAUGCGAUAUGGCUCACCACAUCACAGCCGCUCGCAAUCGGUGAAGAUGCCCGGCAGCAGAGCAUCCGGAAGGCCAAAUCAGCUGUGUCUGCCCCAGCAGAGAUCCAGGGUGGCUUCCAUGCCGAAUACAGGAGUAGAGGAGGAGUACUACAGACUGCGUCACUUCUCGAUCACCGGCAAGGGUGUGGUAAAUCGCGGUGAUUCCCUCAAGAGCCGACGCAGUCGCUCCAACAACAGCGUGGCCAGUUCCAAUUCCAGCACGGAGCACCUGACCACCCAGCAGCAGCUUUCCGCCCCCGCAUCCGUAUCCGCUCGAACUUCGCUGGCUUCCAGCAGGGAGAGCAGUACAUCCAAUCCGGGCAACGGUCCCUACAGGGUCCUGAUGCUGGGAGGUCCUGCGGUGGGCAAGAGUUCGCUCGUCUCGCAGUUCAUGACGUCGGAGUACCUGCACGCCUACGACACGAGCAUCGAUGAUGAGUCCGGCGAGAAGGCCGUUUCAGUAUUACUCAGUGGCGAAGAGUCCGAGCUGAUUUUCAUCGACCAUGGAUACACCGAAAUGACUCCGGAUGAGUGCCUGACCAACUACGAUCCGCACGGUUACUGCGUCAUCUAUUCGGCCGCGGACAGGAGCAGCUUCAGUGUGGCGGAGCAGGUGCUGCAGGUGCUCUGGACCAAUCAGAACAUCGCCCAGAAGGCAGUCAUUCUAGUAUCGAACAAGGCCGACCUGGCCAGGAGUCGACUGGUCACCUCUGAAGAGGGCAAGGCCAUGGCCACCGCCUACGAUUGUAAAUUCAUCGAGACGUCGGUGGGCAUUAAUCACAAUGUGGACGAGCUGCUGGUGGGUCUGUUAUCACAGAUACGACUCAAGCUGGAGAAUCCCGAAAAGUCCAGGGAUCUGUUCCGAAAGCGUUCGAUUCGAAAGUCAAAGAGACGCGCCUGCUCGCCACUGAAUGCCGGAUGCCUGAAUGCCAAUACCCCUCUGGGUCCGCUGGGGGAGGCGGUGGCCACGCCCCCGGGCAGUGCCCAAAGCAGUCCCCGCAAAUACCGUGGAUCAAGGACCUCCACCAGCCUGAAAGUCAAGGGACUUUUGGGCCGCGUGUGGACUCGGGACUCCAAGUCGAAGAGCUGCGAGAAUCUGCAUGUACUCUAAGCACAGAGAUUAUCCAAAGUGUAACCCACAAGUUUCCUAUAGAGUAUGCAAGAUCCUAAGUUAAAGAAGAAACAGACUCGACUACUACCGGGGGUAUUAUUCCCAACUGUACAUAUUGUGUAUAAUUUUAGUCUUAAUUUACGCUAGUCACUUCCUCCAUUAAUCAUUGUAUAUAGUUUGUCUAAAUAUAAAACUAUUAUUUGU